AUGCCGCUCUGUCUCACCUUCAUCGACUUAAAGAAGGCUUUCGACUCGGUUGAGACGGAAGCGGUCGUGGAAGCCUUGGACAACCAAGGCGUCCCUACUCAGUAUAUAAAGGUACUUCGAGAGUUGUACAGUAACUUCACGACCGGAAUUUCGCCAUUCUACAAGAACAUCAUCAUUGACGUGAAGAGGGGGGUCCGACAGGGUGAUACAAUUUCACCCAAAAUAUUCACAGCCACCCUCGAGAACGCAAUGCGAACGUUGGAAUGGGACGACAUGGGAGUGAAGGUUGAUGGUCGGCAGCUACACCAUUUGCGCUUUGCUGAUGACAUCGUACUGGUAACACCUAGCAUCAACCAAGCGGAACGAAUGCUGACCGAAUUCGACGAAACAUGUGGAUGCAUCGGUCUUCAGCUGAAUCUACAAAAGACGAUGUUCAUGCGGAACGGAUGGGUCUCGGAUGCCCCAUUCACGCUCAACGGAACGAACAUAUCCGAAUGCACCAGCUACGUUUAUCUGGGUCGGGAACUGAACAUGAUGAACGACCUGACCCCCGAGCUGGGCAGGAGGAGACGAGCGGCUUGGGGAGCGUACAAGAGCAUCGAGGAUGUAGUGAAGAAGACCAGGAACACCCGGCUCCGUGCUCACCUCUUCAACACCACCGUACUUCCUGCUUUGACCUAUGCUUCGGAAACCUGGGCAUUUCGCAAGCAGGAAGAAAACGCGGUGAGCGUCAUUGAACGCGCAAUUGAGAGAGUGAUGCUAGGAGUAUCCCGUUUCACGCAAGUGAGGGACGGGAUUCGAAGUUCUCUCCUACGUCAGCGAUCGAAGAUUAGAGACGCCGCCGCGUUUGCCAAGGAAAGUAAAAUAAGGUGGGCCGGACACGUGAUGCGCUUUAAUGACAACCGUUGGACCAGAGCCGUGAGCGACUGGGUUCCCCGCGAUAUUAAGCGCACUACAGGAAGACCGCCGACCCGAUGGUCAGAUUUCUUCACGAAGUCCUUGAAAGAAAAAUAUGAUGCUCUUCGUGUCCCACGCGAAAGGAGGAACCACUGGGCUACUCUGGCACGCGAUCGGGACAAAUGGAAGAAUUACUGGCGCCCGCUCGACCAGUUCGAAGAUCAACGGGAGUCAAGGUGA